AGAAAAAAUAAACAACAACAAAAAAAACAACAACAACAACAACAACAACGACAACAACAACAACAACAACAACAACAACAACAACAACAACAACAACAACAACAACAACAACAACAACGACAACGACGACAACAACAACAACAACCACAACGACAACAACAACAGCAACAACAACAACAACAACAACAACAACAACAACAACAACAACAACAACAACAACAACAACAACAACAACAACAACAACAACUACAACAACAACAACAACAACAACAACAACAACAUAAUAAUAAUAAU